CGCUUUUCCAGCUUCUGAGCAGACUAAACAAAAUGCAUAUUACAACAUCUGCUCAAAGCAAAGCAAAUAUUAUUGCUGAAUGCUCUGAACAAUGUGAGCAAAGUGUGAUCAAGGCGAUACAUGAUGGCAAAGAUGGAAAGUUCAAUGGAGACAAUGUGGACAUUUUUGUUCAAACCAAUGUCAUUCGCAUGGAGAACAAGUCCAAGGAUUACCACUUCUUUGCUAGUGAUUUUACCCCAUACAGAAUAACGGAUAGUGAUUUCAAAGAAAAUGAAUAUCUUGUGAAUUACAUGAAGGAGAAACGAAAUAUUGUCAUAAACAUUGAACAAUUUAAACCUGAUGUAGACAUGUUUAAACACAACAUCAAAAUCUUGAUUGCCCGGCAACUAAUUGAACACCCUGACUUCAAAUGGAUGGAAAUAGCUGUACCAAAGCACAUAGAGUUUCCUCUUCAGGAUGUCAUGUCUCGAAAAACUACAUCAUUUGGAUUGCCUGUUAUGUUGAAGAACGAAAUGAAAUAUGAGGACUGUGUUCAAAUUAUGGAUGGUUACGAAAAAUAUCUUCAGGAAUGGUAUUCAAAAGCUGGUAGAUCUGAUGACCUGAACAGUCUCAUGGUUCCAGUUGGGGGUGAUCAAUUGACCCGAGUUAGACUUGAUGGGGCAAAGAGUUUGAGAGCAGGUCACAUACAAGGGCAGAACGGUUUGAGAACCUGUGUCCUGUUUUGGUUGAGAUGUUUCAUAUGCAGAUGGAUUUUCUUGAGAAAACCAUUAUGAAGUUUUUUAAGAAGUCGUCUGGCAGAGAUGUUGGGACCCUGUCUAAUAUUAAGAUACACAUCCAAAGGACAAACGUAAACGGCAAUGUUAAAAGUCGUUUUAAGG